AUGGAUGAAAGAAAAUUUUAUGUUGUCGCAAAUUGGAAAGCAAUAAGUGGCAAGGAGAAUAUCAAAGAAAUGUGUAAAUUGCUCUCUGUCAACGUUCUCGACGAUAAUACCGAUGUAAUUGUCGGCUGUCCUUUCCCAUAUUUACAAUUUGUGCGACAACUGUUGCCGGAACGCUUUUAUUUGGCUGCCCUCAAUUGUUAUAAGGAGUGUAAGGGGGCGUAUACUACAGGCGAAGUGUCCCCCAUUAUGCUUAAAGAUGUCGGUGUUAGUUGGGUAUUACUCGGCCAUUCGGAUCGACGUAAUGCACUUAAUGAAAGCGAUGAAUUGGUAGCCGAGAAGGCAGCCUACGCUUUAAAUCAAGGUCUGAGUGUUAUCGUGUGCGUUGGCGAGGGUUACGAUGAUCGUUCUGCUGGUAAUACAGACUCCACAUUGGCCAAUCAAUUAUCCUCAUUGAAUAAGCGUAUUAAAGAUUGGCAGAACGUAAUGUUAGUCUACGAGCCGGUUUGGGCCUUAGGCAGCGGGAAGUCGGCUCGACCUCAUAACGCUCAGAGUGCUUUAGGCUUCAUCAGGAAAUGGCUAGAAAAUUAUGUAUCAAAGAAAAUGUCCGAGACAGUGCCGUUAUUGUACGGAGGCGCUGUUACUAGCACCAACUGCAAAGCCCUUGCUUUACAGCCGGACGUUGACGGCUUCCUUGUGGGAAAUAAUUCAACAAAACACGAUCUCUUGCAAAUAAUUAAUACGAAUAUAAAUGACGAAGACAAGCAAAGUGUUGAUUCGGGAGAAUAUCUCUCCCCUUACAUGGAUAUAACGGAUUUUUAA